AUGCCAGCUACGUCUUAUACACCUGGAGAACUCCUCAUCCUGCGCAGCUUCCUCUCGGAGUGGAAGGCGGGUGACUCGAAUGACCGUAAAGAUGUCCGGUCGCGUGCUGUCGAGAAGUUGGAGGCCCACCGGGGAAGGGCUAUGAAGAAGGAAGGAAAAAAGGCUGUCCGGGCGUGGUUUUACAAUGCCGCACCUGUGAAGAAUAAGAAAAAGAAAGAUCGUCCCUCCGCAUUCGGCCGACGCCUGAACUGGCACCGAGCUGCGAAAUCUGGCCAACAGUCUCCCCGGGCGAAACAGCGGGAAUACAAGCAGGAGGCUGUCCGGUGGAAUUCGGAAGGGCAACCUCAUGAAUUGCAGGACCGGAACAUCGUCCGGAAGAGCGAGGCGGUCAUGUUGGAUUUUUCUAAAUACGUUUGGAGGCACUUCGGGAUGCGCGUGUUCGUGCACGGGUCUAUAAAUCCCUGGAAGGCAAACCCAGUCUUUGAUUGCAAUGACCUUGUCGACCCCAAUGCCGAGCGCGCGGCCGGUCGCGUCAAAUUCAAGGACAUGUACCCCGACUACAAACGUGCAGACGGGUUCCGAGAUCUGUUCAAGGACUACGGGCACAAACUGUUCGCGGGCGACGAUGUAUCUGAAGACAGUGAUGCGGAUGUCAGGGCGAAUAAGCGGGGUGUGCCGAAGAUUGACUGGGAGAUGUACGAUGACGACACCCCCGGUAUGCCGCACCACAGCGACGAGUGCUUCAAGAAUCUACGGAAUAAGAAGGCGUUCAUUUCAGAAUUCUCCGGCUCCAUUACGCGACGCAACAGUGGCGUAUACAAAAAUGCCGAAGUUGAAAGUCCCCUGGGUCGCUCUCCAGGCGACACCGGAGAAGCUCUCGAGGCCGGGUCCCUUCCAAAUGGUGUCACCCUCCAAGAACCGUCGCAUCUGAAACAGGCGGAGGUUGACUCUCUUAUCGCACACUGGCGGACAAGGGCUAAUUCCUCAGGCUUGCCUUUGUGA